AUGAUAGUUGGAAAAAUGAUUUCCAUCUCAGAUGGGGAACUGUUAGAGAAUCCAAUAGUUUAUAGAAGCCUAAUUGGUGGUCUUCAAUACCUUACUCAUACACAGUCUGACCUUAGUUUUGCAGUCAACAAACUAAGUCAAUUUCUUAAAGCUCCUACAACAUGCCACUGGAACAUAGCCAAAAUAAUUCUGAGGUAUGUGAAGGGUACUCCACACCAUGGAUUGCACAUCAAACACUGUGAUCAACUUGCCUUGACUCGAUACUCAGAUGUCAAUUGGUCAUGUUGCCUGGAUGAUAGAAGAUCAAUAGCAGGGUAUUGUGUUUAUCUUGGAGACUUACUUGUUUCAUGGUCAUCAAAGAAACAAGCAGUUGUUUCACGCUCCAACACCGACUCAAAGUAUCGUGCAUUAGCACAAGUCUCAGCCGAGAUUUCAUGGAUUCAAGCUCUUUGA